AUGGAAGGGGAAUCUUACCACAAUGCAACCAGUGUCAAUGGCACCCCAGUAAAUCACCAACCUUUGGAACACCAUCGGCUGUGGGAAGUCAUCACCAUCGCAGCAGUGACUGCAGUAGUCAGCCUGAGCACAAUUGUGGGCAAUGUUUUGGUCAUGAUCUCCUUCCAAGUCAACAGUCAGCUCAAGACAGUUAACAAUUAUUACCUGCUCAGCUUGGCCUGUGCGGAUCUCAUCAUUGGGAUCUUCUCCAUGAACCUCUAUACUACCUACAUCCUCAUGGGACGCUGGGCUCUGGGGAGUCUGGCUUGUGACCUCUGGCUUGCCCUGGACUACGUGGCCAGCAACGCCUCUGUCAUGAACCUCCUGGUGAUCAGUUUUGACCGUUACUUCUCCAUCACCAGACCCCUGACAUAUCGGGCCAAGCGAACCCCAAAGAGGGCUGGCGUCAUGAUUGGCUUGGCCUGGUUGAUCUCCUUCAUCCUCUGGGCGCCAGCAAUCCUCUGCUGGCAGUACCUGGUUGGGAAGCGGACAGUACCCCCAGAGGAGUGUCAGAUCCAGUUCCUCUCUGAGCCCACCAUCACUUUUGGCACAGCCAUUGCUGCCUUCUACAUCCCUGUUUCCGUCAUGACGAUUCUUUACUGCCGAAUCUACCGGGAAACAGAAAAGCGAACCAAAGAUCUGGCUGACCUCCAGGGCUCUGACUCUGUGGCUGAAGCUGAGCAGAGAAAGCCAGCUCACAGGGCUCUGCUCAGGUCCUGCUUUAGCUGCCCUCCACCUGCCCUGGCCCAGAGGGAGAGGAGCCAGGCCUCCUGGCCAUCCUCCCGCAGGAGCACCUCCACCACAGGGAAGCCGUCCCAAGCCACUGGCCAGAGCACCAGCUGGGCCAAAGCAGAGCAGCUCACUGCCUGUAGCUCAUGCCCUUCCUCCGAGGAUGAGGACAAGCCCCCCACUGACCCUGUCUUCCAAGUGGUCUACAAGAGUCAGGCCAAGGAAAGCCCAAGGGAAGAACUGAGUGCUGAAGAGACCAAGGAGACAUUUGUGAAAGCUCAAACUGAAAAACCUGACUAUGACACCCCCAAAUACUUCUUGUCACCAGCUGCUGCUCAUAGACUCAAGAGUCAGAAAUGUGUGGCCUAUAAGUUCCGACUGGUAGUUAAAGCUGACGGCACCCAGGAAACCAAUAACAGCUGUCGCAAAGUGAAAAUCAUGCCCUGCUCCUUCCCAGUGUCCAAGCACCCUUCCUCAAAAGGCCUCGAUCCCAACCUCAGCCAUCAAAUGACCAAACGAAAGCGAAUGGUCCUGGUCAAGGAGAGGAAAGCAGCCCAGACCUUAAGUGCCAUUCUCCUGGCCUUCAUCAUUACAUGGACCCCAUAUAACAUCAUGGUCCUGGUUUCCACCUUCUGUGAUAAGUGUAUCCCGAUCACCCUGUGGCACCUGGGCUAUUGGCUGUGCUAUGUCAACAGUACAGUCAACCCCAUCUGCUAUGCUCUCUGCAACAGAACCUUUAGGAAGACAUUUAAGAUGCUGCUUCUCUGCCGAUGGAAAAAGAAAAAAGUGAAGGAGAAGUUGUACUGGCCAGGAAACAGCAAGCUACCCUGAAAAGUUAAGAACCCCCUUCCAAAGAAUAGUGACUAGA